AUGCACCUUGCGAAGGCCGAAGCAAUGUCAUCGACGCCAAGCAUCCAGAACGCUUUCUUCAAACUGGCAUCCCACAAUCCCGUGGACAGGGCCGAAGUCUACUUCGCGACAUUCAUUGCCGAGCACAACCUGUCGUUCUUUAUUGCAGGCCACUUAACAGACUUGGUGAAAGACAUGUUCCCUGACAGCGAAAUCGCCAAGAAGUUCCGCUGCCAAUGGACCAAAGCGACAAACAUAGACAUCUUGGAUAACCUGAGAGACCUGCUAGAAUACAUCAGUAAAGAAGAUGAGAAGGGAGAUGAGAAGGAAGAUGAGAAGGAAGAAGAACAAGAAGCCACAUCAAUCACGCCAUCAGAAACCACAGCAGAGGGCAUCGUGGCAGGUACCCCAAUUCCAGGCGCAGAAAUGCCAAUACUGGGCGCAGAAAUGCCAAUACUGGGCGCAGGAAAGCCAAGGUUGGGUGCAGGAAUGCCAAGGCCAGGCGAAGGAAGGCCAAGGCCGGGCACAGAAAUGCCAAUACUGGGCGCAGGAAAGCCAAGGCUGGGAGCAGAAAAGCCAAUACUGGGCGCAGAAAUGCCAAGGCUUGGCACAGAAAUACCAAUACUGGGCGCAGGAAUACCAAGCUUGGGUGCAGAAAUGCCAGAACUGGGAGCAGAAAUGCCAACACUGGGCGCAGGAAUGCCAAGCUCGGGUGCAGAAAUGCCAAUACUGGCCACAGGAAUGCCAAGCUCGGGUGCAGAAAUGCCAAUACUGGGAGCAGGAAUGCCAAGGCCAGGCGCAGAAAACUUCCACUUUAUGUUUUACUUGGACUGA